AUGAGUUCAAGGCGAACGAACCGAUCCACGAUUCGGUUCUUGUGCGUUUACAUUCGCGAAGCCCAUGCCAUGGACGUCUGGCCCAUUGAUGGCCCGCAAGUUGCAGAACCGAAAACUACAGAGCAACGCCUGCAGACGGCCUUGGAGUUCAAGCGCAACUGCCAACUUUCAUGGCCAAUGGCCAUCGAUGGAAUCGAAGACUCAUUCUUGCGCCACUUUGCACCAUGGCCUUUUCGCUUCUAUGUCUUUCGCGGUAGCAGGCUGGAAUUGAAGACUGCGCCGGUGGAUGGCACACACCAAUUUGAUGAGGUGGAGGAUGCCCUUCGCAACUUUGAGGGGCGCAAGUAG